UCGUUAGCGGUUGCCUGUGGUGUUCUGUGCGGACGAGUGAAGCCGCUCCUGAUCCUGCCACAAACACGUGGAACCACUGAUGCCAUUUAACUCAAGUGCAAUUAUGAUUUAAACUGUGACAGUGAAAAUAAUACCCAAAUACAAAACAAAAACCACCCACCUGAAAUAUUGAAACAACUCGAAUAAGUGUUCAAAAUAUAUCCUAGUGUAAUCAUCAUUAGUCUGUAAAGCACACACAAACACACACACAAGACCAGUUCAAAUCCAAAGUCCACGAUGAAGCGCAACAGGUGGAGUCUCAUUGAGAGCUCCUCCGCGGCGCGUCUCUUCCUUGCGGGAGCUCUGCUCUGCAGCUGCGCGACGGCAGCGCUUGGUGCCCAACGUCAGCCCUUCAACGCCGCCGGCGGACAUGAGAUGCGACGCACAACGUUUCUGCCUGCUCUGGAAUGCUAUGAUCCCUAUGGCCGACCCCAGAAAUGUACGCCGGAGUUCAUCAAUGCUGCCUACCAAUUGCAAAUCAAGUCAACGAAUACCUGCGGGGAGCAUAUGGAAAAUCAAUUCUGUAUGCAGACCAUGAAUACCCUAAACUUUCUGAAGGACUGCGCAUUCUGCAGAUUUGAAGAUCACAAUCCAUCAUUUCUAACGGAUUUGCACGAUCCACAAAGCCCAACCUGGUGGCAAUCGGAGACAAUGAACGAGGGCAUACAACAUCCGAAUCAUGUGAAUUUAACGCUGCACUUGCGUAAAUCAUACGAUAUUACUUAUGUGCGUAUCCUGUUCCGCUCGCCGCGGCCCGAGUCAUUUACGAUUUACAAGCGCACUACGGAAAACGGUCCCUGGAUACCCUAUCAGUUCUACAGCGCCACCUGUCGGGAUACCUACUCACUACCCGAUUCACGGGCAAUUGGAAAGGGUGAGGGCGAGGCACUUGCUCUGUGCACUAGCGAGUACAGCGACAUCUCGCCACUGCGCGACGGUGAGAUCGCCUUCUCCACGCUGGAAGGUCGUCCCGGUGGUAUUAACUUUGAGAACAGCCUGGAGCUGCAGGAUUGGGUGACAGCCACUGACAUUCGCAUCACACUGGAUCGACUGAACACCUUCGGUGACGAGCUGUUCGGUGAUCCUCGCGUCUUGAAGUCAUACUUCUAUGCGAUCAGUGAUAUUGCAGUCGGUGCGCGCUGCAAGUGCAAUGGGCAUGCCAGCAAGUGUGUGGCCAGCACCGGGAUGCACGGGGAGCGUACUCUGGUCUGCGAGUGUCGCCACAAUACGGAUGGACCCGACUGCGAUCGCUGCUUGCCGCUGUACAAUGACGUCAAGUGGAAAAGGGCCACCUCAAUGGAUGUGAACGAGUGCAAAGCCUGCAAUUGCAACGGCUUUGCGGACAAGUGCUUCUUCGAUGCGAAUCUUUUCAAUCAGACCGGCCACGGCGGUCACUGUCUGGACUGUCGCGACAAUCGCGAUGGUGCCAACUGUGAGCGUUGCAAGGAGAACUUCUAUAUGCGGGAAAGCGCACACUGCGAGAACUGCAACUGCGACGCCGUCGGUUCCCGUUCGUUGCAGUGCAACAGCCAGGGCAAGUGCCAGUGCAAACCGGGCGUAACUGGCGACAAGUGUGAUCGAUGUGCCAACAACUACUUCCAGUUCGGAGCGCAUGGCUGUCAGCCCUGUGGCUGCGAUGCACGCGGCUCGGAUGAUAAUACGCCGGCCUGUGAUGCGGAGAGCGGCAUCUGCUACUGCAAGGAGAAUGUCGAGGGCAGGCGCUGCAAUGAAUGCAAGCCGGGCUUCUUUAAUCUGGAUAAGAGCAAUCGUUUUGGCUGCACACCCUGCUUCUGUUAUGGGCACACCUCCGAGUGCCAUUCAGCGCCUGGGUACUCCGUUGUCUCGGUCACAUCCAGCUUUAACAAGCAUAAGGAACGCUGGACGGCCAUUGAUUUGAAUCGUCGCGAUGUGGACAUUAAAUACAAUCAGUAUAGUCGCAGCAUUGGCACCACCGCCCAGGGCAAUGAGUAUGUUUACUUCAAGGCGCCGGAUCGCUUCCUCGGCGAUCAGCGUGCCUCCUACAAUCGCGAUCUGAAAUUCAAGCUGCAGCUUGUGGGUCAGGUGGGACCCAGCAGCAGUGCCAGCGAUGUUAUCCUCGAGGGCGCCGGCAGCAAAAUCUCGCUGCCCAUCUUUGCCCAAAGCAAUGGCAUUCCCGAUCAGGGCGUCAGGGAGUAUACGUUCCGACUGCAUGAACAUCACGACUAUCAAUGGCAGCCCAGCCAGUCGGCGCGAGGUUUCCUCUCUAUACUCUCUAAUCUGACGGCCAUUAAGAUUCGGGCUACGUACUCAGUGCAGGGUGAGGCCAAUCUCGAUGAUGUGGAGCUCCAGUCGGCUCAUCGAGGCGCUGCCGGCCAGCCGGCAACCUGGAUUGAGCAGUGCACCUGCCCCGAGGGCUAUCUGGGUCAGUUCUGCGAAUCAUGCGCGCCACGCUAUCGCCACAGUCCGGCACGCGGUGGACCCUUUAUGCCGUGCAUACCCUGCGACUGUCAUGGCCAUGCGGACAUCUGUGACUCGGAGACGGGCAGCUGCAUCUGUCAGCACAAUACGUAUGGUGAUAACUGUGACCAGUGCGCCAGGGGCUACUAUGGCAACGCAUUGGGCGGCACACCCUACGACUGUACACGUUGUCCCUGUCCCAACGAUGGUGCCUGCAUGCAAAUCAAUAGCGAUACGGUCAUCUGUACGGAAUGCCCUGUGGGCUACUUUGGCUCACGCUGCGAACAGUGUAGCGAUGGCUUCUAUGGUGAUCCCACUGGACUGCUGGGUCCUGUGGCGACCUGCAAGAGCUGCGACUGCAAUGGCAAUGUCGAUACCAAUGCGGUCGGUAACUGCAAUCGCACCACGGGCGAGUGCUUGAAGUGCAUACACAACACAGCUGGCGGGCACUGCGAUCAGUGCCUGCCCGGACACUUUGGAGAUCCGUUGGCGCUGCCGCAUGGCAAGUGCGAUCGGUGUAGUUGCUAUGCCGCCGGCACCGAGCAGGAUGAACAGAGCAUUUUGCGCUGCGAUCAGGUGACAGGACAGUGCCACUGCAAGCCGAAUGUAAUUGGUCGCGAUUGUGGUGAAUGCCAGCCCGGAUACUUUAAUAUACGAUCCGGCAAUGGAUGUGAGAAUUGUCUGUGCGAUCCCGUCGGCAGCUACAACUCCACUUGCGACAAGUAUACGGGUCAGUGUCACUGCAAGCCCGGAGUUGUUGGCGUGCGCUGUGAUCAGUGCGCAGACUACUUCUUUGGUUUCUCAUCGGAUGGAUGCAAGCCGUGCGAGUGCGAUGAGAGCGGCUCCAAGGGCUUCCAGUGUGACCAGAGUGGUCAGUGUCCGUGCAAUGACAAUGUGGAGGGAAAUCGCUGCGAUCGCUGCAAGGAGAACAAAUACGAUCGUCAUCGGGGUUGCGUGGACUGUCCGGAUUGCUAUAAUCUGGUGCAGGACGCAGCCGAUCUGCAUCGCGCCAAGUUGGCGAAUUUGAGCGCUACACUGGACGAGAUCGCACGCACACCGGUGACCAACGAUGAGGAAUUCGAAGGAAAGUUGAAAGCGGUGCAGGAGAAGGUGGCCAUGUUGGCGCAGGAGGCACGCUCCGGUUCUGGUGAGAGCGGUCAGACCUAUGUGGAGGUCAUCAAUGAUCUGCACAAGCGACUAAACAGUAUGCGUGGCCAUCUGACAAGUGCCGAUGCACUGCAGCAAGAUGCCAACACUGAAAUAGCCAAGGCACGCAGCAAUUACACACAACUGCACAAUAUCAUCGACGACGCCAAGAAGGAGCUGCAACAGGCAUUGGAAUUGCUCAACGACGAAGGUGCCCAAGCCUUAGCCAAGGCGAAGAGCAAAUCCGUUGAGUUUGGCGAGCAAUCCGAUCAGAUAUCAGACAUUUCGAGAGAGGCACGCGCUCUUGCCGAUCGCCUUGAGUCCGAGGCGCAAUUCGAUCUAAAGAAUGCCAAAGAUGCAAUGGAUGCGGUUGAGAAGGCCCAUCUGCUGGCCAAGAAUGCCAUCGAUUUGCAGCAAAAGGUGGGCGUCGAGCUGCGCACCGAAGUCCGCCUCGAGCUGGACCACGUGAAGAACUCACUCAUCACCGUCGCCCAAACCUCCAAGGAGGCGCUGCGUAAGGCCAACGAGGUCUACGAUGCAGCACUCACACUGCUCAACCAAGUGAAGAGUCAGACCCAGCCGGACAUUGAUAUCAACAAGCUGAAGAAGGAGGCCGUCGCUGCCAAUGAGCGCGCCGAUGAGCUACUCCAACAGAUCGAUAGGUUGGGUACUGGUAAUGGCGAGAUCUUUGCCGACUUCGAAAAGGAACAUGAUCUUGCCCAGGUGCUGCUAGAACGCGCCGAUGCACAAAAGAAGGAUGACAUUGAAUUGUUGGAACGCGCCAAGGCUGCCCUUGAUAAGGCUACCAAGGCGGUGAAGCAGGGCGACAAUACACUAACGGAGGCCAGCAAUACCUACCAAACCUUAGCCGGAUUCCAGUCUGAAGUGCAAAGAUCCUCGGAGAAUUCAGACUUGGCUUUGCAAACGGUGCCCGACAUUCAGUUGGAGAUUGAGAAUGCAGGUAAUCUAAUAGAGAAGGCUCGUUAUGCAUUGGAGGGUGCCAAUAAGAAUGCGAAUGAAGCCAAGAAUAAUGCACAGGAAGCCCAGGUCAAGUAUGCAGAACAGGCCUCAAAGGAUGCCGAGCUUAUACGCCGCAAGGCAAAUGAGACGAAGGUCGCUGCCCGCAAGCUGCAUGAUGAGGCUGAUCAGCUGAAUCAUCGCGUCACGCUGACUGAAAUGAACAUUGCAAAUUUGGAGGACAAUUCAACCAAAGAUGAUAAUCUUGUGGAUGAUGCUAAGCGCAAGGUUGGUCAGGCCAAGGCCAAUACGCAGGAGGCACAGAAGCAAAUUGAAAAGGCCAGUAGCGAACUGUCUGCGAUUAAGGACGAGCUAGAGAACCUGAAGGAUAUCAACACAGCUGAUUUGGAUAAAUUAGAAAAUCGCCUCAGUGUCGUCGAGACUGAUAUCAGCCGUGUAAAUCUUACCGAACGAAUUGAGAAGUACCGAGAACAGCGAAACAUUCAAAAGAAAUUAAUCGACAAAUACGAUUUAGAGUUGAGUGAAAUAUCCAAGGAGGUGCAGAAUAUACGUUUGAUAUCUGAAGCACUACCAGCGGGUUGCUUUAGGCGCAAUCGCUUAGAGCCUUAGAUCUAUAGGGACCCUAACUAAGUGCACUACCAACUACCAACUACUUCAAUUAACAUCUAAGUACGAGGCGAAGACGAACAAAUCGGAAUUAGCCAUAGCCGUUGAACGAAAUUAUAUAAUUUUACUCUUUUAGCUGAAAUAUUUUGCUUAGUAAAAAAAACGAUAAAAACGAGAACCAGAAAGCAUUGUUCAUACAUAUAGGAAUAUGCAUAUGAAUAUAAUUAUCGUAAUAAUAUGAUGCCAAUAUUAAAAAAGAAAAAUUCUUAGCUGCCAAUUGUGCUUUAAACUCAAGCCAGCCGUGGACGACUGUAUUAUACUACAUUUAUAUUGAAAACUGUGCCGUAUACAACUCCAAUUCAAAUUCCAUUUAUAUAUCUCCCCAUAUGGUUAUGUUCCAUAUUGCAAUCUAUUUUAUUAUAUUAACAUAUUUGUCAUCUACGUUUAAUGUGCCAAUUAAACUACUUUUUCGUGUUUUAGUCGCUUAAUGAAUUUCAACUUACAAUAAAGUUUUCCAGCGUUAUAACUUGUA